AUAGCGACAGGCGCCUCACGCUCCUCCCCCCUCUCUUCCCCCUGCCACUGCCAGGCAAGAGAGAAGAAACGCACGCGAGCCGCGAGCAGAAUACAGCAGCACGGGCGCCAGCGCCAUCCUGAUCUCGCUAUCUCCCUUCUCCCCCGAUGCGAUCUCGCCAAACCCUAAUCCCGCCGCCCGCCGCGCGGCCGUCGCAGGAGCCCUAGCCCCGAAUGUGGCGGUGACGCGCGCGGCGUGUCACCACCACCACCAACUCAGCGAGCGUGCGCGCCCGCCACGCCACGCCACGCCACCGCCCGUCGUGCCGGCCGACACCGAGCAGCCAUGGGCGCCGCCGACAAGUGGCUGCUCCCGCUCGUCUCCGUCUCCGUCGUCUCGCUCCUGCUCUUCCUCUCCGCGCUCUCGGGCUUCUCCGCCUCCUCCGCGCUCUUCGCGCGCCUCCCGCCGCCCUCCUACGUGCGCCGGGGCGCCGCCGCGCCGCCCUCCUUCGCCUACCUGCUCGCGGGCGGCCGAGGGGACGGCAGGAAGCUCCUGCGGCUGCUCCUCGCCGUCUACCACCCCAGGAACCGCUACCUGCUCCACCUCUCCGCCGACGCGCCGGAUUCCGAGCGCGCCGAGCUCGCCGCGGCCGCCGCGCGCGCCGCUCCCGCCGCGCGCGCCUUCGGGAACGUUGAUGUCGUGGGCAGGCCCACCGCGGGCACCCCAAUGGGCUCCUCCGGCCUUGCCGCCACGCUCCGCGCCGCCGCCGCGAUGCUCCGGCUCGAUGCGGAGUGGGACUGGUUCAUCACGCUUAGCGCCGCCGACUACCCGCUUCUCACCCAGGACGACUUGAUUCAUGUUUUCUCCUCUGUUCCAAGGCACCUCAACUUUAUAGAUCACACCAGUGACAUUGGAUGGAAAGAAUCUCAGAGAGUGCAACCGGUUAUAGUAGAUGCUGGAAUAUACUUGGCAGGGAGGAACCAGUUCUUCCAAGCCACAGAGAAACGUGACACUCCUGAUGGUUUCAAAUUUUUCACAGGCAUUUGUCUUAACUUGCACUUUGUUUUUCACCCGGUUGAUGAAAAAUGGUUUCUUAACACAUGCACUCCCUUUCUGUUAGGUUCUCCAUGGGUCAUUUUAAACAGACACUUUGUUGAGUAUUGUGUUUUUGGUUGGGAGAAUCUCCCUAGGACACUCCUCAUGUACUUCACAAAUGUGAUGCUACCUCUAGAGGGUUAUUUCCAUUCGGUUGCAUGCAACUCGGACUUCCACAAUUUCACAGUGAACAACGACUUGCGGUAUGUGGUGUGGGACGAUCCACCUCAGAUGGAGCCCCAUUUCCUAAAUGUUACACAUUAUGAUGAGCUAGUAGGGACUGGGGUUCCUUUUGCCCGGAAGUUUAAGGAGGAUGAACCCCUGUUGGACAUGAUUGAUGAUAAAGUGCUUCGACGCUGGCGUCACAGGCCUGUUCCUGGCGCAUGGUGCACAGGCAAAAGGAGGUGGUUCAGUGAUCCUUGCUCCCAGUGGAGCAACGUCAACAUUGUAAGACCCGGUCCUCAAGCUGAGAAGUUCCGAACAUAUAUAAACCAGAUUAUGGAAGAAUCAAAGUCAAGCAACAACUCUUGCAAGCAAUAGCGGUAGAAUCCGAGCACGAGGCUUCACUUCCCGCAGUUGAAGCGUUGAGCUUGUCUCAUUUUGCGCCGAGGAGCUCUCCAUGUCUCGAGCACUUCCUGGCAUCUGCUUCAGGAGCAAGCAUUUUUGCACCUGUUGUAUGAACUGAACACACGGCCAAGGUGAUAGAUGGAUUUAUUCUUUCCAGAAUUUUUUUGGGUGACAUGGCUUCAAGGGCUUAGUGCACACUAGUGUUGUUGGAAGCCAAGAAAGCCUACUGUGGGAAUACAGAAGCUAAUAGUCAUUGUAAUUAGUAGCAGCGAGUUGAAUGGCCUGUGCCUUUGUUCAUAGAUCUGAUGGAAUUGUUGGUGCUUCCAUACAAAAUUGCGAAAAUGAAGAGCGGGGGAAUGUUAUCGAUUGGUUGGUCACGGUGGUGGUUGUUAUGGACAUAUGGUCAAUACAAUGCAUACUGAUCCUCCCCCCUGGACACGCAGUUAUUCUCAUAA